AUGGAAAAUUGCAACGAUGGAGAUGCAGAUGAAUGUAAAUCAGGGGAAACUAAAAUCAGAAAACAGAAAAUGAUUUUGCAAAGCUUGCUUUUGGAAAGAGUUGUGAGUUACCUUCUCUUGAAGCCAGAUCUGAGUGGUAUGAAUUCAAACGCAUCAAAAAGAGAGUGGACCGAAACUCAUAAAUGCAUCACAAGAGAACAGCAGGAAGAGAUUCAGUCAACUAAGAAACUUGAGAAACCCCAACAACAUAAGCUCAUGGAGAAGCCAUUUCAGCGGGAAAUGAUGAAAAUUCUGUCUCCAUAG